CUGUCUCUCUGUCUCCCUCCCUCGUCUCCCCUGUGGUUUCCCUCUGUAUCUCACAGUAGGUUCGGUACUAAGUGUGCACGCUGCGGUCGGCAGAUCUACGCCAGCGACUGGGUGCGGCGGGCCCGGGGCAAUGCUUACACUUGGCGUGUUUCGCCUGCUUCUCAUGUAAGAGGCAGCUGUCACCGGAGAGGAGUUUGGCUUGGUGGAGGAGAAGGUCCUGUGCCGGGUGCAUUACGACACCAUGGUGGAAAACCUCAAACGGGCUGCCGAGAACGGCAGUGGAAUAACCCUGGAAGGAGCCGUUCCAACAGAGCAGGACACCCAGCCCAAACCGGCCAAGAGGGCGCGGACGUCCUUCACAGCAGAACAACUGCAGAUCAUGCAGGCUCAGUUCGCCCAAGACAACAACCCCGACGCCCAGACGCUGCAGAAGCUCGCCGACAUGACGGGGCUGAGCAGGAGGGUUAUACAGGUCUGGUUUCAAAACUGCAGAGCAAGACACAAAAAACACACCCCGCAGCACAGCGGGGGACCCCAGGGACACCCCCAGUCCCGGAUCCCGUCCUCGCUGCCGGAUGAGCUUCAUUACUCGCCCUUCGGGAGUCCUGAGAGGGCGCGCAUGGUGGCCCUCCAUGGCUACAUCGACAGUCACCCCUUCUCCGUCCUCACCUCCCAGAGCCACCCCCACCAGGCCAUGUCCCUGCCACAGCUGCCCCUCAGUCGCUAGCCCCCCCCCCACCACACCACCGCCCUCUCCACCCCUGACCUGUGAACCCUGACCCCGGCCGUCGGCCACUUCCACCAAAUGGACCCCUGCGGGCCCCAAGGGAGUCAACUUGGAGUGGAGAAAAAAAAAAGACUUAAACAACUCCACCCCCCCCCCCCCGGCCCCCAACUCCACUCACUCAGCAGGAAUGCAAGAGAGAAAAUAAAUGAAGAAGAAGAAGAAGAAGAAGAAGAAGAAGAAGAAGAAGAAGAAGAAGAAGAAGAAGAAGGAAGGGACAGGAUUAGACAGGAUUCUAUUUCCAUCAGGUGAUGGCGUUGAAGGCGUUUUGUCCUGAGCAGGACGUUGCCCUCUCCUAGGUUACCCCCUGACAAGGACCCAUCGCUCCCCCCUUCCCCUCCCCCCUGUGGGACCACCACCCCCACCUGCUCCACUCCCCCAGCCCCCCCCCCCCCUGAUCUGAUUCCUACUUGAAUACAGGGAGGGGGGGGGUCCCUCUGAGACUCUGAAGUGAACCCAGGGUGGAGGUUUCCGUUGUGGCUUGUGGGGUUCUGCUCACAGCUCAGUUGACUGGAGGUAUGACUCCGCCCUCUUUUCUCUCUCAGCGGCCCCGAAAGGAAAAUGAAAUGCCGGAACGUUUGGGUCCCUUUCUGUCCGCAAUGAAAAAUUCCUUAAUUCUUUAGUAAUAGAAAAUGGUGCCUUACAUUAUGCGUAAUUCAACAACAAUUUAAUAACAAAUUUUGUAUUCAUUUAGCAAAAGAUUUAAAAACCUUGUCAUCCUCCUAAAUGCCUUCAAAUUGUACUGAAACAUUGUUGAUUGUUAAAAUUAGACCCAGGGGCGGACAGGCUCUUAAAAACUACCACAAACCGGUUAAUCUACCACUGUAUUGUUAUUUUUUUCAUGGGGAGAAAGAGAGAAGGAGGUCUAAAGUGUUAAAAAAUGGUGAAUCAAUUUCCAAUGCUAAAUGUAAAAUUGUUUAGUAUUUUUCUUACCCGCUGUAAGUGAAAUAUUUAUGAUUUCUGGGGACUCCUGCGAAGGUUAUGUCUAUAUUACUCUUUCUCUCCCUCCCUUUUUCUCUAAGUCUCUCUCCAUAUCCCUCUCUCUUUAUCUCUCUCUCUCUGCACAGGAGUAAAUUAAGUUCUGGUACAAAAUUACAAUAUGAAAAUAGACUGGGAAUUGUCCAUUGUAAGAUACGUUUAUUUUUUUUCUGUGUGUGUGCGUGUACAUACAUGUGUAUGCAUGUGUGUGUGUGUGUGUGUGUGUGUGUGUGUGUGUGUGUGUGUGUGUGUGUGUGUGUGCAUCCGUGUGUGUGUGUGUGCGUGUGUGUGCGUGUGUGUGUUUAAUGGCAGGGCUAGAGACGAUGCCCCUGUAUUUAAGUGACAUGGCCGUUCUGUGAAGAACAGGACGAUGUGAUGUUGAAGAGACGGGGACAGGUCCACAGCCUCUGUGUAUUUAUUGAGAUGGUUAACCCCUGUAAAGCACUUUUACCCCUCCUUGCUGAAUCUGUUUUGCUUUGUAAAAAAAUAUGAAAAAAUACAUUGAAAAAAAAAAGUUUAUUUGAUAGACUGUGCAUCCUAAAUGUUUUGUGUAAUAAAUUACAAUAAAAUAGAAUGUGAAA